AUGUUUAUCAACCCGAUGGUACCCCAGCCUGUCUGGGGCGAUCCUCUCCCGAGUGACAACAUCUUUGCGUCUGAGUCUCACCUCCACAGAGGUUGUGAUAAAGAGAUCUUGCAGCAGUCUGAGCACUGGCGAUUCGUCGACAACCUCCCCUGUCGGUUGUGCGGAAUCUAUAACGACCCGGUGUCUCAGCGACGACUGCAGCGGGCGAUGGACGACCAGCAAUGGUUCCAGCACAUGGCCGCGGAUAGUGGGGACGAGGCCUACAUGGCGGACAACAUUUAUAACGACUACUUCCCGGGGUUUGAUACGAGUACUCCAAACGCGAGAGCCCAAACGGUACCCUCUGGUGUCUCAGCCGUAGGUGAUGGACGAAAUAUUGGCCCGAGUCAUCGCCAACCGAACAAAGACCCGGCUGGAAACGAGCAAAUGUUUUGGCCAAAUGUCCCCACAACAAACGCUUACGGUCGAGGCUUUGGGGCUGAUUUCGACCUUCGACAGUCGUCCUGGCAGGUGUACAACGCCGCCGGAGGUAGCCAAGCAGGAGGUUAUCUCGACUUCCCGGACAGCUUGCCUGGUAGCAACUGGCACGCACCCCUGCCCGUCUUCGGGGAGCCGUUAGAAUGCCCUCAGGUUAGCCCUAGUAGCGUCUCGUCGUCGGAUAACUCGACAACUUCCGACGCCUUGAACGCGAUGGCUCUCGAUCCCAUGGCGAUACACAGCAACGCGGCGGGGAACUCGCAGCUCGAUAGCUCGGCGGCCUCUAUCGUAGACGGCCCUAGAAAUGCCUGGGCGCCGAGCUGCCCUUCUACCAUAUCCCCCAGGAUGCUGCGGAUUCAUCCGUCGCCGACUCCGGCGUCCUCGACAGAGUCGAUCCAUGCCAAUCUGCUUGCUGGUGGUGGUUCUGAUCCCGGAUCAUCUGUAUUCGAGCAGCCUGUUCACGGCUCGUACGCUCCUCAGAGACCGAGUCAUAGGCAGCGAAAGGAACUUCCUAACAAGCCGGCGAAGACACGCCCCGCACCAGUAGCCCACCACGACCCGCUGCCACCUCCGAAAGAUACGGGGUUAAAUUAUCCUCGGCAACCCGUGUUUCAUCAACACUCUGCCCACAAGACAAGCGUUCCCCAAGGCCAAGGAGAGGGGCAGAAUGACAUGUCGUACGAGCUCGACGGGUUCCUGGGUCACGAACAUAGCGCCGAGACUGCUGCCAUGGACGGAGGCCGGUCGGCUAAAGACGACUUCUUAGUCAAGUCGAAGAUGGCAGGCAUGACGUACCGCGAGAUUCGGCGAAAAGGCAACUUCACCGAGGCGGAAUCAACGCUGAGAGGCCGAUUCCGGACCCUGACGAAGAAUAAAGAAGAACGCGUGAGGAAGCCGGAGUGGCUGGACAACGACAUUCGCCUGCUCAGAAAAGCGGUCCGCAAGCUGAGCAGGGGCGACGACGUCGCGUCGGCCAAGAUACCGUGGAAACAAGUGGCGGAUUAUAUCACAGAACACGGUGGCUCAUACCACUUUGGCUAUGCCACCUGUCACAGGAAGUGGGAGCAGCUGAUGAAGGAGGAUGGCGGAGCAGAAUUCCAGUGA